CACCCCCUCGCGUCGCCGCGCCCAAUGGCAGCGCCGUUCAGAUCGGAGCCACCAUUCCUAUUGGUCCUGCUUAGAUAUGCCCCGCCCCCACAACCGCGCCGCCAAGACCCCGCCCCGCCCCCAUUCCCAAGGGAGGGGCCUGGGAUUGGGGCUGCGCCUAAGGGAUUGCGACCGGAUUCCCGAGCCCUAACGCCGGGCGCUCCUUAUAAGGGCAUGGUGGGAACGGAACGUGAGGCUGGAGUCGGGGCCCCGCCCCCCGGGGCGGCCUCCCGCCUCGUCUCUGCGGAGCGCCGCCCCUCUGCAGAAUCACCUCAGCUGGGCGGGUUCUCCUUACCUCCCGCGGCGCUGGAAUCUGACAAGACUGCUAGAGUUGGACAAACCUCUUCAGUUCAUGGUGCAUUAUUUCAUCAUUGGUGCCUCCUACGCAACACUGGUCCUCACAGUCCUGAUCAUCCCUCCUCCAUUAUCCAUCCAUCCAUCACCCAUCAUCCAUCAUCCAUCUGAUGAAGGUUUAUUAAGGACUUACUACAUGUCCACCACUUCACUAGACCCAAGGAUCCAGCAAUGAUAGAGGCAAGUGUGUUAUCUAUCCUCAUGGAGCUUCAGUAUAGAGGGAGAGGCAGCUAAUACAGUGGAUUUCCAUCUUCUCCAUGUGUGUGUGUGUAUGUGUGUGUGUGUGUGUGUGUGUGUGUGUGUAGGGGGUGAUAGUAGAUUCUAAAAUAAGAUUAUGAGCAAAGAUUGCAAAAUUAUUCUUGAAAAUCCCUUAAUUCACCAGGACCUUGAUAUUUAGAAGCAAAAAAGCCAAGAAAUAACAUCUAUUUCUCUUUGUGCUUUGGGUGUGAUCCUGGGGCAAAUGUCAAGAUCUGUCUUUAAUUGUGGAAAGUGACUUUAUAUAAAGGAAUUUGUUUCUGUCUCUUUCAGCUGAGUGUGUAGAGUUGGUUUUGCAACAAGUUAACUGCAUUGAUGUGACUCCAGUGUGAAUACAAAUUAUACCAACACAUAUGUAAUUAUUGUACAUACAUUAAGGAGGAAUAUAGUGCACUGUGAGAAUGGCAGGUGGAGGGACAUAACCUAAUGGGGUGAAUGAUAUGGAAGGCUUCACUGAGAAAGUGACUUUUAAGCUAAGUUCUAAAGGAUGAAGAUGAGUUAGCCUAUCAUAAAGGGAAAGAAAGAACUUUCUAGGCAGAGGAAUUGAUCUGAGGCAGAAAUGAACCCAGUGCAUUUUAGGAACUGAAAAUCAGGUUGGAGAUGUUGAAGCAAUAACUAAGGGCCUCCCCCAGUCAGUCCCCGGACUGGGGCCAAUUGUACAUGCUCUGACUCAGCACAUAGAACAACAUGGAACUAGAGUUCCCGUGGUGAUGCCGUGUUAGUGAACCCGACUAGUAUCCGUGAAGACGCGGGUUCGAUCCCUGGGCUUC